GCCCAACUCUUUCUCCUUCUCUUUGCAUCAUUUCUCGUUCUUCUUUCAUCAACGUCUGGAAUCCGAUUGCAAACCGAGGAUUCUGACGUCUUACAGCAGGUUCGAGCAGGUGCGGUGUCCACUGCCGAUCUCCUCUCCGACGAUGACCGCUCCGUCGCUGCUGAUUCUUGGUCCAUCAAGAGUGAGUAUGGCAGCAGCAUCCUUGACGAUGACCAGCGCCAUGCCGACGCCGCUGAAGAUCUUUCCAACGCUAACUUACCAGCCGCCUCGGAUUACAGUUCGGACAAAGAUGAACUUGAUGCUGAGCCAGUAACAUCAAUGCUAGGAUUUCAGAGUUAUUGGGAUUCUGCAUACGCAGAUGAGCUUGCCAAUUUUCGGGAACAUGGCCAUGCCGGAGAAGUUUGGUUUGGAGCUGAUGUGAUGGAAACAGUUGCAUCUUGGACAAAAAACUUAUGCAUUAACAUUUCUCAAGGUCACAUGCUGAAUCAUGCUCACAAUGUCAGGGCUGAGCCUGCUGAACAAGGAAAUCAGCAUUUGGCUAGUUGGAGUGUACUUGACAUUGGGACUGGAAAUGGGCUGCUUCUCCAAGAAUUAGCUAAGCAAGGGUUCUCUGAUUUAACUGGCACAGACUAUAGUGAAGGGGCCAUCAGGCUUGCUCAAAGUCUUGCUAAUCGUGAUGGAUUUUCCAGCAUUAAGUUUUUGGUUGAUGACGUCCUUGAGACAAAGUUAAGACAAAAGUAUCAACUUGUCUUGGAUAAAGGGACUCUAGACGCUAUUGGAUUGCAUCCUGAUGGUCCUGUCAAGAGAAUGAUGUAUUGGGAUUCCGUGUCAAAAUUGGUCGCUCCUGGUGGAUUACUCGUGAUCACAUCAUGUAACAGUACAAUGGAUGAGUUGGUGCAGGAAGUGGAAAGUUUUAACCAAAGAGUUUCUAAUGCACAAGAACUCGAGACAUUAAAUGACCGAGAAUCAUGCAGGGAGCAUCCAUUUCGAUAUCUAAAUCACGGCCGUUCAUACCCAACAUUCACGUUUGGCGGAUCUGUUGGUUCCCGUGUGGCCACUGUGGCGUUCCUCAGGAACUGAAAGAAUCUUACAUGUCACGGUUAGGAUUUUGGUUACAUGUGUUUAUCUUCCUGGUAGUGCGCGCGCGUGGCUUGGAGGAUGAUCCUAGUUUUUCAUGUUUUGUUUUGGACAAUGAUUUGUCCUAGUGACCUUAGGAGAGUUCUUGUCAAGCGGGCUUUAUGUACGUAUGUAUGUAUGUAUAAACUGGGUUCUCAUCAGGGCAAUGGUCCAAUAGAAAUAUAGAAUUGAUACUCAGUGCUACCAUUGUCAAUACAAGAAGGGCACAUGAGAAUUUAAUGAAGAUAUUUUAUUAUAACAUUUAUUCUUAUGCAAGAGAAAAAGUGAAGACAAUGAUAGAAGUCCUACUCGCUUAAUUAUGAAGAAUUUGGUAUAAAUUAGAUGUUUUAUAGGGAUGUAAUCAUGUAUUUAAGGAGUGACAGAAA